GGGGGAGACCAUUCAAGAAAAAAAAAAAAGGAAAAGAAACCUAAUUCGCAAUUUCUCUUGCUCUCCCUUUCUCUCUAAGCCGGCGCACCCUCUGCUCUCCCAUCUCUCUCCCUUAUCUCCUACUCCCUUGGCCUCCCCCUCUCAGCUCUCUCCCUAACUCUCCCUCAGUUUCAGACCCGAGCAACCCCCCUCUCAUUCUCUCCCUCUGCUCUGCUGCCGACCACACCCUCCUGCAACUCACGGCCACUCCUCAGUCCGGCAGCCUCCGCGCACCCCUCUGCAAAUACCAGCUAGCCGAGCACCAGACCACGGCCACGAUUUCCUGCAACUCCGCCCCCAUUACGUCCAGCGGCAACACCAUCCGGCCGUCUGCUCUGUCUUCGCUUGCAAACACCAGCACAGCCACCCGGUUGUCCGACCAUCCUCCUCUGCAGCUGCCAGCGACAGCCAUCCUCUGCCCCGUGCACCAGCUGCAAUCCAGCUUCCUGCUCAGCCGAGAAGACACAGCUUCACAGACUGCUGCAAGAAACUUCAUACGACACAGCCAUCCUCCGGCCAUAUCCAGCAGCAGCAACUCCGGCAGACACCAGCCGAGAGGUUCCUCCGAGCAAACACCAGCAGCUCCUUGCUCCGGCGGCCGUCCCUGUGCCAGCCACCACCCAGUGUAUAUAUAUUGUUUUAUGAGUUUCAACCACAUUGAAGCUGAACAAGACUGGGUUCUGCCCAUCCCACUUUGCAUGUGUAACUGCCUCUGGAACCUGCGAAAGAGAUCGGGGUUAAGCGAGAGAAACGGUUCUUAUCAGUUUGUAUACGUCAUGAACGAUCCCGGUUAAGAAUCAAGAUUCAGAGGACCUCUUUUAUAUGAGAAAGGGCUGUGCUAAAUAUGUUUGCGCGGGGGGAGUGGGGUGUAAUGCAGGUUGUUAGCAGUGAAUUAUAGGCACUAACGUACCAGGUAGCCUGCAUGAAACAGAACUCUUAUGUCACAAGAGUGAAAGGCAUGAUGAUGGAUGUGGAUUGAAGGAUGUAACUGAGAGCUGUGGAUAAAAUGACACAGGCAUAGUGAAGAAUUUGCUUUGUGCUAGUCCAGUUAAGGCAAAUGUUAACUUUCUUUUAUAGAUAAGCUCAAUGUUCAAUAUUCCACCCAAAUACCAAUCCUAGUGGUGUUCAACUCAUCUAGCUGCUCACUUGGAAUGUUUUUCUACUAUAGUGGUUUUGUUCUUUAUGUUUUUUGGUCAAUACUAGUGACAAAGGAAAAUAAAGGAGCUGCAAGUUUGAAUUGAGACACUUGAAACUUUCUCAUCAACGGGGUUUUAGCACUCAAAAGCGUGAGGAAUAGAAGACAAAAAAGUAAGGUGGACAGAUGUGGUCAUGCCGUGCAAAACUGCUUCAGUACUUAGAAGCCUUGAAAUAUACCCCAAAAUCACCUUGGCUUCUUUCACCUUUUUCUUCAUACUGUGACAUUCCUUAUAAGAAGUCAAAGCUUGCCCCUUUACAGGAGAGGAGAAUGAUAGACAGGUUUAGACUAUGUGUCAAGGGAGGUGAUGGUGGCAAUGGUUGUACUAGCUUUCGCCGUAGCCGACAUGAUCGUCGUGGCAGACCUGAUGGUGGAAGAGGUGGGAGAGGUGGUGAUGUGAUCUUAGAAUGUUCCCACUCAGUUUGGGACUUCAGUGGUCUGCAACAUCAUGUUAAUGCAAACAAAGCGGGACAUGGAGCAUCAAAAAAUAUGAUAGGAAGCAGAGGAGCAGACAAGGUUGUUCGGGUACCAGUUGGCACUGUAAUUCAUCUUGUUGAAGGUGAACUUCCUCAUGUAUUUGAAAAUCAUUCUUCCAAGCUUCCUCAAGUAGUUGAAAAUCAUUCUCUAAAGGAUUUGGAUCCCUGGGAGAUUCCUGGUUCACUUGAUGAUGAUUCAUUGGGAACCGAUCAGCAAUCUGCCUCUGCGAAUCCUUGCAGGGUGGGGAAGGGGGACACGUUAGACAUUCUUGGGGGCUUAUCUUCCCAUAUUGAAAAAACUGCGGAGGGAUCAGCUAAUGUGAAACAUACUACUCAAGCUUCAUCAGAAGAAUGUUUUUCCCAAUCUUCUCCUUCUCUUGUGAAAAAAGAAGGUUGCAAAGAAGAUUAUUUCUUUUAUGAGGAAGGUGCAUAUGAAGGUUUUGGUUCUGAUAAUUUUGCAUCUGAAGCAUCUGAAGUAGAGGGUGAAGAAGAAUUGAAGGGAAAUGAAGAUAUACAAUAUAACAUUGCUGAAUUAACAGAAAGAGGCCAGAAAAUAGUUGUGGCUUGUGGAGGGGAGGGUGGUUUGGGUAAUGCUUCUACAAGAGUUUCCUAUAAUUUUAAACUUAAGAGGGAUGGGAUCAACAGGAACAAUGCCCUUGAAAUCUCUGAUGAUGAAGAUCAAUCCUUGCUUAUUGCUGGUUCACCUGGUUCAGAGGCCAUACUUAUUUUAGAACUCAAGAGUAUUGCUGAUGUGGGCCUUGUGGGGAUGCCAAAUGCUGGUAAAAGUACCCUUCUCGGGGCUAUAUCUAGGGCUAAGCCUGCAGUAGGACAUUAUGCCUUCACAACUCUGAGGCCAAAUAUAGGGAAUCUAAACUAUGAUGACUUCUUCUCAGUCACAGUGGCUGACAUUCCAGGACUUAUAAAGGGAGCUCAUGAGAACCGAGGACUUGGCCAUGCUUUUCUGCGGCACAUUGAACGCACAAAAGUUCUUGCAUAUGUAGUAGACUUAGCUGCUGCACUUGAUGGUCGAAAAGGGAUUCCACCAUGGGAACAGCUGAAAGACUUAGUCUUAGAGUUGGAGUACUACCGGAAGGGUUUAUCAUAUCGUCCAUCUUUAGUUGUGGCAAAUAAAAUUGAUGAGGUAGGAGCUGAAGGGGUGUUUGAAGAAUUAAAAAGAAGGGUGGAAGGUGUCCCCAUUUUUCCAGUAUGUGCAGUCCUGGAAGAAGGGAUAGAGGAACUGAAAGCUGGACUUAGGAUGCUUGUGAAUGGGGAAGAAUCAUACAGACUCAAUUUAGAUAGCAUUUUUCUUGAUUAAGUUGUUAUGAUGCUGAUUUUAUACAACUGAAGUGUGUCCUCAAAUGCUUAUUGAUCUAGAAAUAUGCAAUCUGCACUCUUAACAUUAGCUGGUAUGUUGAGUUUCGGGAGCCUAUGCAUAUUUCCUAAAGUGACCAGAUUUGUGGAUCAGUGAGAUUCUCAGCUUUUAUCUAUCUUCUGAGCUGCUGUAGCUGAAGCUAUCAAGAGUGGGGGUCUUUUCCUGAUUGGUUGCUGGGAGAAACACUCAACAAAUAAGUAAUUAUAGUUACUCCAAUUUAAAUAAGUAGUUUUGAUCAAAAGAAGUGUUGUUUGGAUUGUUUCAGGUGCUUAAUAAAUGUGUAUCCAUUUUAUUACUUAAUUAAAACUAUAAAUAGAAGUCAAAAUUUUUGACUUAUA